CAGCGAUGGUACCUACGCCUGCAAACUGUGCCGUAUCCCUGGCUGCUAUUGUGACCGUGCUGACCUGUGGGCUUCUACGGGGAGCCCAGGCGGGAGUGGUGGGGGACUUCAACCAUGUGGAGCGCUGCAAGGACUCCCUCUACAUGGGAACUCCACCGCGAGGCUACCUCAGCAACUCCUUCAAGAAGAUUUGCCAAAGGUACGGAGAUAAGCCCCGCUAUGUCACCCUGUACGACUCCCGCAGACACAUCCCCAUCUACUCUGCCUACACGUUCAAGAAGUCAGACGGGGAGAAGAAGGUGGACUUCCCUUGGAUGUUUGAACCUCAGUUGGCCUCAGAAAAAAGCAGCAGUAACAUGGAGCCGUUCCCCCAGUCUUCAAACAUGCACAUGAACUUCGAGGACACCCAGGCGGUCCUGGAGGACUACGCCGACGUGGUUCAGUACGAGCGCGGCCAGCUCAACCCUGACGAACACCAGGCUGACCCCUUAGACAAAGCCUCCACCUACAGCUUGACCAACGUCAUACCGCAGAUCAGGGAGUUCAACUUGGGUCCCUGGGCAGAACACCAGGACCUAAUCCGUAAACGCCUCAACAACUACUGCCGCGGCAAAGCCUUCGUCGUCACCGGGAUCACCACUUCCGGGCAUACGAUCCGUCGCAACAACCUGGACCGGGUGGCCGUACCGGAAUACGUGUGGUCGGCCUACUGCUGCACGGAAUUCGACCAAAACGCCCCUUACUUUGUGCGCUACAAGUUCCCCGUGUUCGGAUCUUACGGGCUGAAUGAUCGCGUCAACAACCACAUGGUGGAAGUUCCUCUCAAGAACCUGGAGAAGUUCCUCAAAGGGAGGAUGGACGUGGACAAGAACUUCCAGAUUUUCUACAACGACUGCGUGCCGGAUAACUGAGAAAACAAAGCAUGGUCUCUGUUAGAAGUGAAGUUUAAAGCAUUGCAGGGGUUUAGAUAGUAGAGAGGAAAGAAACUAAGAUGUGCUGUCAGAUUAUAUUAUAUAGUGGAAGGAAUAAAAUGGCAAAGAGUCUGAACUGAGUCUGUCUUUUUUAAUCUAAACCAUAGGUCUUCAACAGGGGGUUCGCGGAAAAUACUGCAGGGAGUCGCAAAAUCUUUGGUUGAUUUAGACUUUUUA